AUGGAGCCCUUUGCAGACGUGAGUUGCAUAUUGAAAGUGGAUGUCCAUUGCGAUGCGUGCAAGAUGAAGAUGGUGGAAGUGUUGAGCUCCGUAUGCGGAGUGUAUGCAUUGACAAUAAAUGCAGAAAAAGGAGAAGUAAAUGUAUGUGGAGAAGUUGAUCCAAAUUUAUUAGUGAAGGCAUUAAAAGGAACAGGAAAACAUGCAGAAAUAGUACAUGUAAAGCUCAAGCAUCCUUCUCUUACUACUCCCACAACACAUUAUCGUCCUUCUUAUAAUGGUUAUGGCCAUGGCUACCAUGGCCUUGGCUACGGCUACGGCCAUGGCCACGGCUAUGGUUAUAGUCGUGGCCAUGACUACUAUAACACAAUGCCAAUGAGUCCAUACAAUUAUUCAAUGAGAAGAUCCAUGAUGAUGGAGCAACCUCACUACUAUGGUCAUCAUGCUUCUUCAUAUCCUAGGUUUAGGCCAUUUUACUACUAA